GAUCGGCUCACCUGCUCAAAGUCGGCUUCGUUGCGUUUGUGGCUGGCAAUUGCUGAUUAAUAUUCAUGGUAAGAAAUAUGAAAUGCUUGUUUUGAGCGGUCAUGGAUUUUCCGAGUCGGGAGAUACUGUGUAGUAUUUUGGGAGCACCUUUGAUUGCGUUUGUCGCUUAAACGUAGUGGGCUCAGAGAACAACAGUUCAGAAUCAACUUUUCCUCACUGCGCCGCUUGGGAUUUUUGGCUCAUCAUUUCAAGAACAUGCUCGCUGGGGUACCAUCCGUGCACUCGUCGGCGCUUGCUGCUAACGAGCAUCGGGAUUCCGUCGUGGACCAUACCUCUUGAGUGCAAUGGAUUACUAACACCUUUUGCAUGAGUGAAUUCCGUAGUAUUUGGAGGAAAAUUACUGCAUUCAUGGUGUUCGAACAAGAAAACGAACUUUUACCAACUUUGUAGAUUUGGAUUGUUUUUGCUUAUUUUAUUAUUGUAAUUGGACUUUCUUUGUUUCUGAUCAUUUGCCGCUUGGAGUGCUAGUUUUUUUUUUUCUCAUUGGAAAUUUUAAAUAAUAAACAAUGGAGCAUACUGGCAUUGAGCAAGUGAAUCAGACGCACCAGCAGCAUGAGCCCAUCAGUUUCGGCAUUGAUCAGAUAUUGAAUAACACAGACCAACAAAGCAGCUGUAUGCUGCCCAGCAGGGCUAAUGAGACGGAUUACCAGUUAGCCACCAACGUUUACGCCAAUGGGUACAACAGCGUAUACAACCCUGCCUGCUCGAUGGGCGCGGGGCUGGCAGGCUCCUACAACGUUAACAUGAACAUGAAUGUCAGUAUGAAUAUGAACGUUAAUGUGAACCCCGGUGCUGCUGGAGGAGUUAUCCGGGUACCAGCUCACAGGCCCAUGCCACCAACUGCUCACCCACCGCCCCCGCCUCAUCCACCGGGAAUAUCAGCUGGCAUGCCAACUGUGCCCUCGGUACACACCAUGGGUAAUGUGGCCAACUUUACCUUUCCGUGGAUGGAAAGCAGUAGACGAUUUGCGAAAGACAGGUUGACAGCUGCCCUGUCUCCUUUUUCGGUCACUAGAAGAAUUGGACAUCCCUACCAAAACAGAACACCUCCCAAAAGGAAAAAACCCAGGACAUCUUUCAGCCGCGUUCAGAUUUGUGAGCUGGAAAAACGAUUCCAUCGACAGAAGUACCUUGCAUCUGCAGAACGUGCUACCUUGGCAAAGGCUCUAAAGAUGACUGAUGCACAAGUCAAGACCUGGUUCCAGAACAGGAGGACAAAAUGGCGGAGGCAGACAGCAGAGGAACGGGAAGCAGAAAGGCAGCAGGCCAAUCGACUGAUGUUACAGCUUCAGCAGGAGGCUUUUCAGAAGACAUUAAGUCAGCCUCUUCAACAGGACCCCCUCUGCUUGCACAACUCAUCUUUAUAUGCCUUGCAAAACCUUCAGCCCUGGGCAGAGGACAAUAAAGUGACCUCUGUCUCAUCGGUCGCAUCAGUAGUUUGAAGGAGGAAAAUGAUAUACACCUUUCUAUUUGGGUCAAAGCAAACAAAAGAAAAAAGACAGAGAAAACAGACAAUGCUGAAGACUCCAUCACUACACUAUAUAAGUUAUCACUAAGAUGUACUCACACUGGAAUACUGAACUCUUAACAUUUACUAGGGCCUAUUUUAAACAUUAGAUGUUAAAAGAACUCAGUGAUUUUACCAUCUUUGCCUCUUUUUAUGACUUAAAAUUGUCUUUUGCAAUUCAGGGCAUGUAAAAAACACUGUCAAACAAUGUAAAGCCAACUUACUGUGUCUGAAAAAUUGCAAAACAAAAUCUGGCAGAAGGAUAUCUGCAUUGAACCAUUAGUGAGUAUAUGUCAACACGUCAAAGCCUGCCAUAUCUAAAUUGUCUUUCUUACUAAGCUCAGGCUGCAUUCUCUUGAAUCUUCCGAUUGUGGUCAGAAUGGCAGAUAUAAUGAUAAACCCUUCUUUAAAAGCUGAGACAAUGAAGAAUACCAAAGUUCAAUGUUUUUCACCCUGCAAUACCACAUUAUGUCCAAGUUUCAAAUUUUGCCAUUCCAAAAACAUUCAUAAUGUAACAUUGGUAAAAUAAAAUGAAACAAAAUAACAUUAGCAAGCCCUCCUACAAAUCACGUUUCUUAGUGUGACCAUUUUUUUCUAUAUUCUGAUAAUUUUAUUAGAAAUAUGCAAUUUUUUUUAUAUGCAGUCAUUGUGCACUUUUAUUAAGGGCAGUUGAGAUGUUCCAAUGAAAAUAAGAUUAUACUGUGUUGUAUUUAGCUGGGUAAAUAUACAUCUACAAUACACAUAUAAGUACAAUACAUACAUUUAUAGUAUCCUGUGACCAUGAAUUACAAUAAACAGAUUUGAGAAUGUGAUGUUAUAUUACUGUAUAUUAGCUAAAAAUAGUUAAAUAGUCAAAUAUACUGUAUAGAUGUAUAUAUAUAUAUAUACUAUAUAUAUAUAUAUAUAUGUUUGUAUGUAUAUGUAUAUAUAUAUAUAUAUAUAUAUAUAUAUAUAUAUAUACACAUACAGACCAAUAACAAAAACAAGGUUUAAUGUAAGUUCCAGUUACAGGGGAUGAGGAACCAUCAUGUAAACAUUAGAUACAAGACAGAAAACAACCAUUCCCACAAUUACACUCACUCAUUCAGGGCCAAUACAGAGUCACACAUUGACCUUGCAUGUUCAAAUCUAUCCACUGUAUCUGUUAGGUCAGUUUUUAAGCCACCUGGCAAAAGGAGACCACAGAUUAACACUGUAUAUUAUCUUAAUGUAUAAUGUCUCUAUUUUAAUUCCUUCCACAAAUCAAAAGGAGCAAACAAGCAAAUUUAAAACAAGACUGCAAGGACUUCCUUCACUCAUCUAAAUCUAUGAGGUUAGUGCAAGCGCCUGCCUACUUAGACUGUCACUAGUGAGUCCCAGAUAAAACAACCUAAUGCUGUGAAAGCAAAAUUCUAAACAAAACAUAUUAUAUCCAGUGAUCAUACAAUAGCAACCAUUGCAAACUGCUCAAGUAAAUAUAUCCAAUUUGUGGGAAAACAUCAUGAAAGUGAUGCCAGACUAUCCAAAGAAGAUCAAAAAUCCGGAUGAUUCCUUCAAAUAACAAAGCUCAUUUUGUAGAGGUAAAUAGGCAACAUAGUGUCACAUGCCAGUACAUACUUGUCACACAACAUUUCUGUGCAGUGUUUAUACCAAUGACAGCACAAAGUGCAACAGUUAUGAAAAUACAGACACAAAAAGUAAUUGUGAGGCAGAAAAAUGGUAGGAAAAAAUAUUUUGAGUUAUGAUACAAAGAGCAAAAUAACACUCAAAAGCCCCCUGGUGCUAUCUAUCUAUCUAUCUAUCUAUCUAUCUAUCUAUCUAUCUAUCUAUCUAUCUAUCUAUCUAUCUAUCUAUCUAUCUAUCUAUCUAUCUAUCUAUCUAUCUAUCUAUCUAUCUAUCUAUCUAUCUAUCUAUCUAUCUUGAUGUAAAUCUGAAGUGCCCAGUCUUGAAUCAAAUACAACAAACAGAAAGAAAGGUACACACAGAUAUCUGACUUAAUUCAAGGAUACUUACAUAGUCAUCAUCAUUUACAAUGCAACUGCUGUGCACAUAGUAACCCACACAUUCCUGAAUAUCGACUCAGACAUACAGAGAGAUUUCCUAUAAAGAAUUUCUAUACUAUAUAAUACCUAUACAUAACCUGCUGUGUUUUAUAAGUGAAAAUGUAAAUAUUAUUUAUAAUAUAUAUGAACAGUAAAGAAAAGUCAAAGACAAGUGGCAUUCUUCCACAUUAAAUACCACAUGUUUCCCCAUUUAAAAAUAAAAGGUGAGUUGAUACAAAGAAAGAGCAAAUGGCAUCUUUCUUAAUAUAAUGAAAACAUUAUAAUAUUUACUAAGGUUAGUACCAUGUUAGACCCCUGUCUAUAUUAUAUUUCUGAUAAUUAAAAUUCCUAAUUCUUGGUGGAAAAUUUCAUUGCUUUAGUCUUCAUGACUAAUUCAUCCAUUUUCAGUGUUGUCUUUUCUAAUUACAGCAUCAUGACGAGCAGAGCCAAGCCUGGCAGGACUGAGCAAUAGGCAGGAAUCAACCCUGUUGGCAGUUCAUAUUGUGAACCCAAGUUCAUGCUAAUUUUUCACUGGGUACUCAAAUGGCAGAUUAAGUGGUUUGCUGAAUUUAAACUGGCAUGGCUUGAGUGAGCAUGGGUACUGUAUGUGAAUGAGUUUUCCAUGAAAUGGGAUGCUAUUUCAUCCAGGGUUGUCUCCUGCCCUGUCCUUGAUGCUCCAGGGAUAGACUUUUGUCACUUGCAGCUUACAUAUUGUAUUAAACUGUUACAGAGAAUGGAUGGAUGGAUAAUUAUUUAAGGUUUGUGCAGUAUAUGUAUGGUUGGGUAGGUGUUUUAAGAUGUGCAAUGUUCACAUCAUGACACUCACCUGCUCUGCACCCUGCUGCCUCUCUGCUUUCUUUUCCAUUUCCUUGCCACAGAAUACAUGAAGCAACAGAAACAGUAUAGCAUUUUUGAUUACACAACCUUUAAAUUUGAAUGCAAAGCUUAACUAAUAGACGCCAUCAUCAUUGAUUUGGAAAUGAUCAUUAAUAACUCUCAAAAAUAAUUAAAAUAUCAACCUCAGAGCAAACUAUCAAUUCAUCUGUUCUGUGAACCAUUACAGAGUCACAACAAGCACUGGACACAAGGCAACAGCUAACCAACUGAUAGAACAACAUAUGUUAAGAAAUUGAUGGAAUUGUCAUUGAUUAUAGCAUCAUUUGCAUCAUUACAACAGUAAACACAUAGGAAUAACUUAGCAGGUGAAAAGCAGAUUUUUAUGUAAAUGCUUCAUCUGUUUUCACAAAUUCUUUUGAAUAUAAAAUUUAAGCAGAUAUAUGAAACAUUGCACAGAGACAGCCAUUUUGGAUGUAUCUCAAUGCUGCCAUUUCAUUAUUAAUAAAUAAACUUUUUUUGGUUCUUCGGUACAUAUUUAUUUAAAUCCAUUUGUUUGGUGUGCACUGCCUUGCUAGUAAAAACAUGGA